GCAGGCUUACUCUUGAUUUUAAUUCCGAUCGAUCGACAUUGGAAUUUGAAUGUUUCGUACUCUUGAGUUUGACACUAGCGCCACAUUGGUUUUAAAUUGUGUGUCUAUUGUAUGAAACUAAAUGAAAUUAGGAUUGGAUUCGAAUUGCAAUAAACGGUACUCUUGAGCACGUUUUGACAGCUGUCAAUUGCGCCAAUAUUGAGUUGCGAUUGUUUGUUUAUUGUGAUUUUUCCAAUAACAAAAGUGUAACUUUUUAGAGAUUGUUUUGCAUUUUAAGUGAAUUUUCGUCAGAGAUUACUGUAUAAUAUGGCACGAUUAGUCGUUAUGUACAGUGUUUUACGUAAUUCUCAUAAAAAACAAUUAAAACAGAGGCGAAAUGAGCGUAGGUUGAUGCGGUAUAUGGACAAAGCGUUUUCAAUGAACGAAGUGGAGUUCCAGGCGAAUUAUAGAGUGACCAAGGAUUUAUUUGGCGAGCUUUAUGAUAAUAUUAAGCCCUUUCUGCCAGCUCAUAAGAGAAAAAAUGACAUAUCACCGAAAUAUAAGGUUUUAGUGGCAUUAUCCUUUUAUGCUACUGGGAGCUACCAGAAACUGGUUGGAGGCACAUAUGGGACCCUAAUGUCGCAGCAAUCCGUAUCUCGUGCUAUACGAGAUGUAACAGCAGCUCUAAACCAUCCUGCAGUAGCAACCAAAUGGAUUAGGUUUCCUCAAAAUCGCCAAGAAAGGGAUGCUAUAAAAAGAAGGUUUUAUGAAAGGUUUAAUAUACCAUCUGUGAUAGGGUGUAUUGAUGGUACACAUGUAGCCAUCAUUAGGCCAUCAGAAAAUGAGGAGAGAUUUUUUAACCGCAAACAUUUCCAUUCAAGGAAUGUUAUGAUUAUAAGUGAUGCAGAUUUAAUGAUUCUGUCAGUAGAUGCUUCAUAUGGAGGGGCAUCACAUGACAGUUUUGUAUGGAAUCAGCAUCCUGUGAAACAACACUUAAUUGAUUUGAAUAAUAAUGGAGAAAAUGUAUUUUUACUAGUUUUUGUUUCAGGUGAUUCUGGAUAUGCACAGAGGGAGUACAUGAUGACACCAAUUAUUGAUGCUCCUCAGGGUUCACCCGAAGAAUAUUACACCAAACUGCAUUGUAUGGCACGGAAUACAGUGGAGCGUACCAUUGGUGUAUUGAAAAAUAGAUGGAGGUGCUUACUCAGGCAUAGGGUGUUACAUUACCACCCUGAUGUAGCAGCUAAAAUAAUAAAUGCAUGUUGUGUGUUACACAACAUGUGUUUAAAUAGGGUAGAUGAAGAUCUUGAGGACAAUACAGCUGAAAAUGAAAAUGAUUUCCAAGAUGUCACUGCCCAAGAAUCUUCUGGUAGUAACACAGCUGCUGAACUAAGACGAGGUAUCGAAAAGAGAAAUGCUUUAGUUCAGCAGUUGUGGGCGAGCAGAAGGUAAAUGUUUUUAUUUUAAAUUUGUAUUUGGCUUUUUUUAAUCUAUUGUAUUUUUUUAUCAUUUCUGUCUUUAUUAU